AUGGUCAAGGCCAAGACGGAUCUAGCGGCGCCUGAGGCAGUACUCCAGCUACUGGCGCACAUAGAAGCUGUCCAGCUGGUGCCGCAAAAUGACGCUCCCUCGACCAGCAGCGAUGCUCCACCGCUGUUCCUGGACAAGCCUCUUUCCUUGCUUCAGCAAUGCCUCGACCUCGCCUUGGAGUCUUCCGACGAGCUCUCGCCAUCCUUCAAAUACGGUCUCGAUGCGCUUCAUCUUUGGGCCACACAUCUCGCCGCAUUGCUCUCCCGACCGUCCGCUGCUAAUCUCUCGGUCGACAAAAAGCAGCAGCUUUUCCCUGCAGAGCACCAGCUCAGCAUUGCCGAUGUCAUCUGGUCCGCCUGUCAUUCCGAGCGCACGCAAGUAUCCUCGAGAUCCAAGGCCAUCUUCGAGGCCAUCAUCGCCCUGCUCGACUCCAUUUACCAGUCGCCCGCCACUGCAAGCAGGCUUCCGUCAAAAGCACAGCUGCCAUACCCAUCUGAAAGCGUCUGCCUCAAAACUCUCGUCGACCGCUCUUUGGAGCAACUCGAGCGCAAGCAGUCUCCCAUCGUGCUCGAAGUCGUCGUGGCCAAAUACGGCUCGGAGCCUUUCUUCGUCGCAACACCUGGCGGCGCCACCCUCGUUGAUUCCGACAUCUACGAGCGAAUGAUCCGCGGCCUUGGCACCGUCGAUGGAGGUGCGAAUAGGAGGUCUCGGCUGGCACUCAGCUUCCUUGCAGCCAGAGCACAAGACCUUGAGUGUCAGCUCUCUUCCCCAUCUAAAAGCGACCGCACAGACGCAUCCGAACCGCAAUCUUGGCAGACAUGGGUCAACGUCUGGAUCCAGCCUCUCAAUUCGGCGCUGAAGGACGGAGGUGAACGGCUCAGGUCCGGUCUCGCAUCCUACCACCUCGCUGCGCUCUUCGACUUCGAUCAACGCAUCUUUCCUACCCUUCUCGACAGUCUGCUCUCCAGUUCGGUUCCGCAGGAAGAACUCAAGGUAGAAAGCGUCUUCUUGGUGCUCCGGAUCGCAAAGUUCCAAGGCCUGUGUCGCAUCGAUACCGCCCCAGACUUUGCUACCGAACAACGAUCCGAUGGCAAACCUACUCAGGUCAUCGUUCCUGCUUCGUUGCUUAAGGACUGCAUCUUGGCUGCGGCAAGCGAUCUCCAGAUCGCUGCCCUCUCGUUGGUCAUCGAAUCCAAGACGCCAGCCGCCCCGCUCACCACGGCCGAGUUCGACAUCCUCCGCACCUUCUUUCCUUACAGCUUGACCAUCACCAAUCCAGCAGCAAGGGGUGAACUGCGUGGGUUCUUCGUCAAGCUUCUCACUCGACUCCGCGCCAGCACCUACGCCCUUGCUCGAGACAUGGCCAGAAUUACCCGCAUCGACGAGGCGGAGCAAUAUCCGCACGAAAAGGAGAAUCUCGCCGUCAUGCGAGCCACCUUCGACGCAAGUCGAGACUUUUUGGAAUGGAUGGUCCAGCUGAUCCGAGCCACGCUCCAUGCCGGCGCAUCGUACCAGGCCAGCAUCACCUCGCUCACUUUUUUGGACCUCAUCCUCGAAAGCGGUGUCGACUCACGAUUCUCCAACGGCGCGCAGCAAAAGGAAGGUGGCACGGCGCUCAGCAAGAAUGCAGGUCUCUCGCUCAACAAGUCCAAGCAGGUCUUUAUGCAAGAGUUUCCCUUCAGCAUCGACCUCAUCUCGCCCUCGCUCGUCAAGCUGCUGCUUUCUUGCUCCGAGAUCUCGUACGACGACAUCCAGGCUCGAGCGCUGAGCAUGCUCGCGCGCUUCCCUGCCCCGCUCGCCGGUCUCGAGACGGUCGACGAAGCGGCUACACGCAUCUUGGGCCGCGCCGCUGAGCUGCUGACCAGCACGAGGGAUUUCAAAUCUGCCGCUGCAUCCAAGUUGAUUCAGCUGUAUCGACAAAUCUACAUGCAACAGCUCGGCCAUCGACCUGCCUCUCUGCUCUGCUUCAUUGGCGUCGCUUCCAACUCCCCUUCGACCCCCUGCGCUGACACAACUUUGUCGCUCAUCUUUGAUCUCUUCCAAUUUCUUGACCACCACGUUCAAGUCGCAGAGCAGGGGAGGAUUCUCGAAGCUGCCACCUCUCACCCUUUACACGGAACCCUCGUCACGCUGCAGGAACUCUUUGCCACCAUCUCUGUCCACACCCUCUCGGACUCUGACCGUCAGUCCUUCCGAGAUGCCGUACACAGAGCACAGGAGCUCAUCGACAGAGUGUGGCUGGUCACCAAGGCCGUGCUAUGCAAUUCGGCACCAGAAGGCAGCACAAAGGCGGACGAUGCCAAAGACGCCAACGUCGGACUGGACCAGCCCGCCUCUCAUGAGACGGCCCUUGCGAUGCAGGUGGCCGACUUCGAUGCAAAGGCCGCCUUCAUGCAACCCCAAGAAGAGUCCAAUGCAGGUCCCAAGCACCAAGUCAUCUUGUCCUACUCGUGGAGAGGCAUGAAGGAGGCAAGUGCUCUCUUGGGUGUCCUUGUUGCGAUCACACUCACACCGCCUCCUGCGCCGCGUGGCAAGAAGAGCUCUCAACCAGAUUUGCAGAUGAGUCACGUCUGGCGCGACGUUUACACGGUACAGGACAUCGAGGCCGUCGGGCAGCGCUUCAACAUGUGGCUCACCCAAGUUCGUCAUCGAGGCGCUUUCAGCACAAUCUAUCCAGCCUACUGCAACGCAGCCACAGCCAUCGUGCGGAGUCAGGCACCGGACAUCGCCAGCUUGCCUGAGCAGUGGAUCGCUGCGUUCCUCGACACGGUGGCGCAGCCCGGCUCUCAGCUCAGCAUCACCCGCCGCAGCGCCGGCAUUGGGUACGCUGUGCUUGCCCUCGUCAGUGCUCAGCCCAACAAGGCAAAUCCUUCGGUGCUCCGCUCCACGGUGAGCCGUCUCAUGCACAUCGCAACGCACGAUUCGUCGCAGCCCGAUGUCAUGCCCGUAGCAUCCAUCCAUGCGCUCAACAUCUUGCGGGUCCUCGUGAUGGACGGAGGCUUGACGGACCACAUGUCGUCCUACCUUGGCUCGCUCCUCGAGCUCACCAUCAGCAAGUUCCGAUCGCGCUUCUGGGGACUGCGCAACGUCAGCAUGAUGCUCUUCUCGUCGUUAAGCAUCAAAAUUUUCGGAAGCCGCAACAUCAACAAGGAGACAAAGGACGCACGGAUGCCGAUCGACGAAUUUUUCGCAGCGUAUCCCAACCUCGAUGCUUUCCUCCGACGUGUGCUCAGCGAUACCAGCGCUGAAGACGUCAACUGCGAUGACGGAGCCGAGUCCAGCCUGUUCGCCGUGGUCAUGCUCUUCAGCAGGAUGCAGGCGCCAGAGAACGAACCGGUGAGGCGAGACGAAGCAGAUCGGAUGCAGGGUUAUCGCACCUUGCUGUUGGAAUGUCUUGCCAACAAGGUUUGGAAGGUGCGAGAGGUAGCGGCAAAAGCGUACUCUGCCUUCGUCCCGCUCAGGACGGCAGCACAGCACGCAUCUAUCGUCCUUGAUACGAUCGGUCUGCAGUCGCAGAACGACGCACAUGGCAAGCUCAUGCUGCUUCAAAGGUUGAUCAAAAGCGUGGCGGAUGCGGCAGCGCCAACGUCCGCUCUGGCGAAGGAUGUGGCUGUACUCUCCGAAUCGCUAGCAGCGAACGCGAGCAAGCUGCUGGAGAGGAACCAGUGUCAUGUCACGCAGGCGGCUUUCCUGGAAGUGGUGCAAGACCUGAUUGGCAUUCGGGACGCCGCUUUUCUCGAUACUGCCGGCCAUCUCGUUCGGGUGGUGGCAAUUUGGACCUCGAUGCUGCUCGCAGAUGUGGAGAGACCCGAUGUGCUGGCAAAGCUGGUCCGCUCGCCUGGUGGACCAGCAUUGCUCGGCGUCUGCUCCCGUCUGCAACUGCAGGUGGCGGCGAGAGGUUCCGGAUCCGACACCUUCGUGGAGAUGUGUACACGUCACAUCACUUGCGCGUCACCGGACGUGCGCAUCGCUUGUCUCGAGGCGCUCAUCAGUGACGACGGCAUCGGCGCUUUGCAGCAAUCGUUGCUCCGACAACCUCAACUUGCUGCUCCUUUCGUACGCAAGCUUCAUGCGACUGCACUCGACGAAGAGGAAGGCAUCUGGCAUCGCGUCCAUUCGGCCGAAGUUCUGCAUCAGAUUGCCAUUCGAGAGUGUGCGGAAGGCGCUUCCUGGCUCACGCGUGUCUUCACCGAUGUUGCGCUCGUGUCUGAAGCUGCGUCAAUCGCUCGCGUGGUACGCAGCACUGUCUGCGUACCGUUGCGAGAGGCGCUGCUGCCUUACCUCUCUGACAUGUGCAAAGGGCUCUUGGACAGGCCGUCCGUUGCUGACGGUGCACUGAGCGUGUUCCAGCAGUGGUCUUGGGCAGUGACGAGGUGCGCAGACGACUAUGCUUCAGUGCAGUCGCGCGAGGCGGCCUGCGAAGCCUUGCGAGUCCUCGGAUCGUUUCUCUUCCCCGCCUCGUCUGCAGCCUCAUUGCAGCAGAUACCGUCGGAUGACGCGACGGCUCCUUCGCUGUUCGAAGCUCGCAUCGCCGCCAUCGACCUGCUUACAGACGAUGAUGAAGAGGUACGCGCUGAAGCAGCCGCCAUGAUUGGCGAGACGAUUUCGGCUGUUACCGGCAGCUCGACUGCAGGUGUCGCCGCGACUCGGUGCGAAGCAAUGCAACACUUGGCACGACGAGGCGGAGCCAGCCCGGACUUGUCCACCGAUCGAGCCUGGAGCUGGAUGGCGGCCGUCUAUGCUACGAAGCAGUCUUCGAAUACGAGAUACCUGUGGAGUAGGUAUGUUCUCGAUCAGCUGAUCCCCUCUUCGGCGGCGAUGGAAGAGCUGUUCGAAGAGGCGCUGGCGCCCGACACGGUGCUGUUCGUUGACGAGAGGCCGAAUCAAUUCCGUGAUCCCGAGGCGACUCUGCGACGUGCCGCCAGAUUUGUGGAUCUUGCAUCGCUCGAGGCGGCUGAGCGUGCAGCGAUCGAACAACGGACAACGCAAGGUCUCGUCCGUCUCGAGGAAGCGCUUGCAAGCGGCACGAAGCACGAGGCAGUGGCAACACACACGCUUGCGAUGCGAUUGCUGCUGACACGACAGUUGCUCGAUCGAGACGCCUCAUCCGAUGCAGAUACGACGGCUUCGUCUCUCGCUUCGCGGCUAGGGAUCGAUUCAUCGUCCUUCGAGACGCUCUCUCCCACGGGCUCAAGGAUCGGAAUGGUGCAAGAGGACAAGGCUGAUCCAGAUGCGAGCGCGCAGCCUCGCUACAACAUCGCGUGA